GAUAUGUCUGAAACAGCGCCUGCUGCUUCGGCUGAGCCUAACGCUACUGCUGUCACUGCGCCGGCCCCACCGCCCGUAGAGAAGGCACCGACGAAGAAGGCCAAAAAAGCAGGGCGGCCUAAGGCUGUAGGUCCCCCUGUGUCAGAGCUUAUAACCAACGCGGUGGCCGCAUCUACUGAGCGUAAUGGGGUAUCCCUUGCGGCCCUCAAGAAGAUCCUGGCUGCCAGCGGCUACGAUGUAGAGAAGAACAACAGUCGGAUCAAGCUGGGCUUGAAGAGUUUGGUGAGCAAGGGCACUUUGGUGCAGACCAAAGGCACCGGAGCUUCUGGCUCCUUCAGGCUCAACAAGAAAGUGUCUCCAGGCGAAACCAAGAGCAAGGCCAAAAAGUCGCCUUCGGUUAAGGCUAAGAAGCCGGCUCCUAAGAAGCCGAAAAGAGCUCCUGGUUCGGUAACUGUCAAAAGCGUGAAAACUCCGAAAAAAGCAAAGAAGCCGGCGGUGGUGGGACCCAAGAAAGCAGCUAAGAGUCCCAAAACCAGUAAAGCCGGCAAGCCGAAGAAAGUGGUAAAGAGUCCAGCCAAGGCCAAGGCAGUUAAGCCUAAGGCUAAGGUUGCCAAGUCAAAGGCUGUUAAGCCCAAGAAAGUAUUGCCCAAGAAGAAAUAA